AUGAGCAUUGAAUAUUGCAGACAGAUUGCUCAACCAGAAACCAUAAAAAUUUUGGAAAAAUUCGUGGCGGCUAUUAAGAAUGUGUCAGAUUCGAAAAAAAUGAAUUUAACAUUUAUUUAUGAUUGUAAAGCAGGAGGAGUUGAUUUGGAAAAAUUAGAAGAAGUAAUGAUUGAUGUAAAACAUGAAAUUAAAAAAAUUCCGGACAUGCAAGAGGAAUUGGCAAAGGGUAACACAAUCCUUUUAAUCACCAACAGCAGUGGAUACCAAGUAUUAGAAGCAUUUUAUGAAAAUGUUCCAAUAUUAUCUCUGCCUUAUAUGGUAGAUCAAUUUUAUGUUGCUGAAGCCUUGAAAAUACCUCAUGAAAUAGAAAUUGAGAAUUCCGCUAAUGGUGAAAAGCCGAUUAGCGGAGGAGAUCCCAAACAUGGGCAGAAAAUGGACGGAAAUGGACGAAGCAAAUCCCCUGUUCGUGGAAGGUCCCCUGCUCGAAGAAGAUCCCCAGCUAAAGGCAGUCAUCAUGCUAGACCUUCAAGUUUGGACAAACAUGGCGAGAAUCAACAUUUAAUUGUUAAACAAGAAGUGGUUAGACUUGCUCCAACAUUAAGCUUCAACAAUAUGUCAAAAAAGAUUGAAAAGCUUGGAGAUAAUGAGGCUAUUGAAGACGUUGGAGAUAUUGAAGCGGUAUUGGAAGAGUUGUUGGAUAACGAUCACAAGGAAAAGGUUAACAAUGUUCAUAAAUAUUUACGGCAGACAUUGAAAAAGAACAAUCCAAAAAAUAUUUUCCUCGCUAAAGUAGAAGAAGCUCUUCGCGAUUCUGAUUGA